AUGACAAUUAAUGAAUGGGAAGAUGUGAAUAUUAAGUUGUCGGUGAAACCAAAAAUGAGAGAUGGUCUGAUUUUCUAUACGUCAAGAGGUAAAGAAGGUCAAGAUCAUGCUGAUAAUUUCAUUAGUGUUGGGCUACGAAGAGGCAAAGUAGUUUAUCGAUACGAUGUAGGAGACGGCUUAGAAGAAAUCGCGAGUACAUAUCCAGUUCGCGCUAACGAAUGGCAUAGGAUUGAACUGAAAAACAAUAAAGAUAAAGCUGUACUAUACGUUGAUUCACAUGAUAUCGUAGAGAAGAAGAAUGAGGGAUUCGCAAUCUCUGAAGCACCUCCAACAAACAUAAGUAUUGGAGGGAUGGAAAAUAUUCAGUCGAAGCCUCAAGCCGGUUUUGCGCGCGGUUUUGAUGGUGUGAUCAGCGAGUUAUUGGUAUCUGGAAGACCGAUCGAUAUCGGCGAAGAGGCACUGGCGAGUUUUGGUAUCGUAGAGCAGAGUACAAUAUGCUCGAUAAAUCCGUGUCAACACGGUGGUUUGUGUGUUCCAGCGAAUGUUCAUCGUGGAUUCGCAUGCAAUUGCGAGCGGACGGAUGGUUUCGAGGGAGAAUUCUGUGAACGACGUUCAAGGAAAUGCAAUGGAGAGAAAUGUGCUGCUGGAUCGUGCGUUCUCGAUGAAUCAAAUGGAUCACAUUCAUGUCUCUGUCCAUACGGUCGAAUUGGA